CUUUGCUGCAUACUGAGUUAUUUCGGCAUUCUUUCGCUUCUCUAUCCUAGAAAUAGUCCAUGGAGUUCGGUUAGUUUUGCUCUUUACAUUAAGACGUGAUGUUAUCUUACAAUACGAAUGAUUCAUGUACAUAGGUAUAAUUAUGUUUUCUAUAUUUAUAACACAAAAUACGAGUGAUUCAUGUGCAUAACAAUCAACAAUUUAACACGUUUACCAGUUUAAUUUUAUAUGUAUAUAGAACUUAGAUGAAGGAUUCUUAUUUUUUUGUAGAUUUUUUAUGUAAUGCGUUGGUAUCAACUUAGACGAAGGAUUCUUAGAUGUGUUAUAUCAGUUAUUAAGAAAUUGGUUUAUAUUCAGAUAAAAAAUUGGUUUAUAUUCAGAUAAACAUUUCUCGUUCAAAUGCUCGUGCACUUUAAAGUAUAUUAUGAUGCUCUUUGUGCCCUUCCAUAUUGCAUGUUUGUUGUAUUAUGUGUGCUAGAGUCUGAUUUUUUGAAUAAUUUUUUUGUAUGCUUUCAUCAGGUUCAAGUGAUGUUCCCUUUAGUGCCUCUACAUCAAUUUCUCAACCGUUUGAUGUUAAUACAGUGCACGUUUCUUCGGGAUCCACCAUGUACUGGACACCUGAUUGUGAUUCGGAUUUGAAACCGCAUGUUGAAGGAAAUAUGUUACGGCUGUUAUUCUUGUGCCAUUCUUAGUCUCCAACAUGAGGGGACUGUGUUUACAUAUGUCAUAUCAGAUGAGCGAGGUUUAAAUUUCACAGUUGUGCACAAUACGAGCGAAAGUACUACACUUUGCUCUUGUAAACAUUUUGAAGGAUUGGUAUAUUGUGUCGUCAUAUUUUUUUGUGUUGAAAGAUAAGAAGGUCAACGCAAUUCCAUAUAGAUAUGUGCUACGUCGAUGAUGCAAAGAUUCAAUUCUAAAGCCUAUUAAUGCAUUUGAAGCUGGUGUUUUUCAACAGUGUGUUGGAACUGAAGAACAAACAUUAACUAUGAAGACAUUGUGGUCUGAUAUUCAUUUCUGUGUUGGAAUGAUUGAACAUCAUCCUCACUUGUUCAAGCAAUUUUCAGAUGCGAUUAAGGUGCAAAAAGAAGAUUUGUCUAGCUCUCAUCCAAGCAGUGCAACAGCAUCUUCAAAAAGUGAAGUUAUCAAAGAAUUUUAUGGGUCACCUAUUCCUACACAAGUUAGCGUGCAUCCACCUCAGCAGGCUCGAAAUAAGGGUUACGGUAAGAGGAUUAAAGGUGGCAAGGAGAAGGCAAUUGAAGUAAGCCAGAAGACUAAGCGAUUAUGUAGAAAAUGUAAUAAAAAAGGAUACCAUGACAGUAGAAAUUGUCCUCUAAACUCGGAGGAAUGAUUAUUAUUUUCUAUUUAUCAUUAGCAAUUGUCAUUUGAACUCGUAAGAAUCAUUUUUUCCAGAUUCAUUGUUUGCAGCAUUUCUUUUGAAGGAA